CCCCCAGAAGAGCCGCCGCAGCCCCUGCGGGACGGGGGUAAGAACGACGGACCGAGGGAGCCGGACUCCUGGGUUCCCGAAAAGGGUUGCUGAUGGCCUGCGUCGCCAUGGGUUCCACCGGCGCCCCGGAGGGCUCGCUGGGCUACGUGCGCGAGUUCACCCGCCACUCCUCCGACGUGCUGGGCAACCUGAACGAGCUGCGCCUGCGCGGGAUCCUCACCGACGUCACCCUGCUGGUCGGCGGGCAGCCCCUGCGAGCUCACAAGGCGGUUCUUAUCGCCUGCAGUGGCUUCUUCUAUUCGAUUUUUCGAGGCCGCGCAGGCGUGGGGGUGGACGUGCUCUCCCUGCCCGGGGGCCCCGAAGCCGGAGGCUUUGCUCCUCUCCUGGAUUUCAUGUACACGUCACGCCUACGCCUCUCUCCUGCCACUGCACCGGCCGUCCUCGCGGCCGCCACCUACUUACAGAUGGAACACGUGGUCCAGGCCUGCCACCGUUUCAUCCAGGCCAGCUAUGAACCUCUAGGCAUCUCUUUGCGGCCUUUGGAGGCGGAACCCCCGAGGCCCCCAACGGCCCCUCCACCAGGCAGCCCCAGGUGCUCUGAAGGGCAUCCAGACCCACCUACUGAGUCUCGCAGCUGCAGUCAAAGGCCCCCCAGCCCAGGCAGCCCAGACCCCAAGGCCUGCAACUGGAAAAAGUACAAGUUCAUCGUGCUAAACUCUCAGGCCGCCCAAGCAGGGAGCCUGGUGGGGGAGAGGAGUGCUGGUCGACUGUGCCCCCAAGCCAGGCUCCCCAGUGGCGACGAGGCUUCCAGCAGCAGCGGCAGUGAAGAAGGACCCAUUCCCGGUCCCCAGAGCAGGCUCUCUCCAUCUGCUGUCACGGGACACUUCAAAUGUGGGGCUCCAGUCAAUAGCCCCCACCUCCUCACAGCCCCGACUCAAGAGACCCCUGCAUCGCAGUCUGGGCGGGCUUGUCCGCCACCAGGAAGUGAACCGUUCAGCUGCCAGAACUGUGAGGCAGUGGCUGGGUGCUCGUCGGGGCUGGACCCCUUGGCUCCCGGGGAUGAGGACAAGCCCUACAAAUGUCAGCUCUGCCGGUCUGCCUUCCGCUACAAAGGCAACCUGGCCAGUCACCGCACGGUGCACACAGGGGAGAAGCCCUACCACUGUUCCAUCUGCGGAGCCCGCUUUAACCGGCCGGCCAACCUGAAGACGCACAGCCGCAUCCAUUCGGGAGAGAAGCCCUACAAGUGUGAGACCUGCGGCUCGCGCUUCGUGCAGGUAGCGCAUCUGCGCGCGCACGUGCUGAUCCACACCGGGGAGAAGCCCUAUCCUUGCCCUACCUGCGGCACUCGCUUCCGCCACCUACAAACCCUCAAGAGCCACGUUCGCAUCCACACGGGGGAGAAGCCCUACCACUGCGACCCCUGUGGCCUGCAUUUCCGGCACAAGAGUCAGCUGCGCCUGCAUCUGCGCCAGAAGCAUGGAGCGGCGACCAACACCAAAGUGCACUAUCACAUUUUGGGGGGGCCCUAG